AUGACCACGAAGCGGGUCGUCGUUGUCUGCGGCUGGCUCGGCGCCAAGGCGCGACCGGUCGCCAAGUACGCUGAGCUCUAUCAGCAGCUCGGCUACGACACCGUCGUGCUUCUCAGCGGCGGCGCAGACCUGCUCCAGCCGGCGCGCUUCCUGCACCGCAAGGCGGUCGCCACUCUCUUGGCGCCGCUCAAGCAGUCGCCGGCCGACACGCUAGAGCUUAUCCCGCACAUGCUCUCGAACGGCGGGUGUCGGUCGUGGUACGCAGUCGAGCGCUCUCUCCGCGACGCCGAUGGGCGCUACACGGUGCCUGCGAUGGUAUUUGACUCGGCGCCCAGUACCAACGUCCGGGACGCCGCCGACUACGCGUGGCCAGCGACCGACGAGCUGCCGACGCUUCGCAUGCGCUUCCUCACGCGGCUUAUGCUUAUUGGUAUGAAGUGGUACCCGACCCUCUCGCGCUCCAACGAUGCGUUCGAGGAGCACUGGCAGCGCUACUUGGUCGACCAAGCGCACGUGCCCAAGCUCUUCUUGUUCUCGCCGCAGGACAAUAUUGUCUCUCCCGCCAACAUUCGGGCCGCGAUUGCGCGCGCCAAGGACGCGGGCACGCGCGUCGUUGUCGAAGAGUUUGCCCUCGCCAAGCACGUCUCCCUCUACACGCAUGCGCCGGAGCAGUACGCAUCCGUGGUCACGUCCUUCUUCAAGCAGGUGCUGGCAUGA